UCUGAAGUUGUGCGCGGCGGCCAGAAGCGGUUGAUCUGCGCACAGAUACCCUUUUCCGUAAUCUCAUCUCAUUCUUCUUCAGUGUUACUACUGGCGUGCAUGGGUUUUUUUUUUACCAGUUUCGCAAGUGUGCAGACACCAGCCACACUGACUGGCUGCCACUGUAUUUUAUUUCAGUGCCUAUCACGUGGUCCAGUGACAGAAGCUCGCUGUCGGAAUAGGGGAACUAUAAGAAAGACUCUAAGUGAAAGCACUAAAAACAUUAUUUAACUGAAAGAAGGACGGCGAUUUCAGCGGAACAGGGAGAAAUCAGAAAACUGAAAAAGCACUGGCUUCUUCGAAAAAUGGACGCGUCUCUGAGAGUUUAAUGCGCACGGAUGAUUCAUAUUUCCAUUUAAGUCUGCCUAAGAUUGGUGCUUCUUCUGGAUGUAAGUACAGCGUAAUCGUAGAAAAAUAUUUGUGUCCGACGGACAUUUGUUUCGAUGUUAUACGUCACGAAUAUUCGGUCAACUCCAGAAUGAAAACUUAAUUUUACUUACAAUAUUUUGCCCAACAUUGAAAGGCGUGUAUGGCAUUUUAUACGAAGCUCAUGGUCGAAGAUCGCAAUGACCAAGUAAAGAUAAACUGGCGUGUUGUAGGCUAAUUCGCAUUUAUGAUUAAAAUAAUGAAAUAGCACGAACGCACAACUGGCGUGAUGCUGUGGAGGUUUUUGAGCAACAUCGGUGCCUUUGCCAAUGACGGUUCUUAAAUUCCACUGAACAAUUUACAAAACAAGGAAAUGGAGCUCGCGAACAUCUGCAGAAGACCAGUAUGACAGCGUUUGCAUAUUACUGCACUCGCACAUUUUAAGGUUUUUAAGAUCCAUCCUAUGUUUUUACUUUUUUAUUCAUUUUUUUCCCGAGCCAUCGAUAAAAGGUUGAAGAGAAAGACGCUUAAAAUCAGCAAUGGGGUCGUUUGGAUUGAAAGCAACAGCUUGCACUUAGCUCAAGUAUUCAAGUUGGUGUAGCAAUUCUUCAGUAAGGCGUACCGGGGGUGAAGGAAGUGAACUGUGUGGACAAGAACCUCACAGGACUGUUGUCACACCCUCCCCUUACGAAAUAUCUACCCCGAAGAUAGUGACACUGCCCCAAACCUCCAUCUAAAACACUGUGUCUCAGAUGGCCACAACAUAAUCAACAUUUAUCUAUCGCUUCCUGCAACCGUCUGAGCCAUUCAGUGAACUGAUGAGUCAGAUCAGAGUGAUCUCUGUGCUUAAUUAGAAGGGAACAGUGCUUUAUUUUUCUACUACCUAUAUGACUUUGUUUUAUCUCGCGGCUGGAGGCUAUCACUGAUUAGUAGUGUUUUUGAAUUAUCGACGCGAUCCUGUCCUGUUCAGUCAUAAUUAUAUGUGCAUGACCGGGGAUCCCGCAGCUCACUCCCAGCCCCAGGUGGUGAUGCCAUGCCCCGCAACCACAGCGGAGAUGAAGGCGGCUCUGGCCUCUGGAUGAAGAAUUCGCCGGGGCACCGCGCUGCUGGAGGCUAUGCAUUGAAAGAUGUGGAGUCCGGCCGAAGGAUGAACAGGGCGAGGGACGGCCCAGUGUCGGCCGGACCUGCUUCGAUGACAGGUGCGGAGAACCAGAGCGGAAAGCAGGGGGCCCGCCUGAGCCUGCUGGGGAAGCCGCUCAUCUACAGCGCGCAGGGUGGCCGCAGAAAUGUACGCUACCGAAGGCUGCAGAACUACCUGUACAACGUGCUGGAGAGACCUCGCGGUUGGGCUUUCGUGUACCAUGCCUUCGUGUUCAUCCUGGUGUUUGGCUGCCUGGUACUGUCUGUAUUCUCCACCAUGCCCGCUCACCAGGACCUCUCCUCCCACUGCCUUGUCAUCCUGGAGUUUGUGAUGAUUGUGGUCUUCGGCCUGGAGUACAUCAUCCGCAUUUGGGCGGCCGGCUGCUGCUGUCGCUAUCGAGGCUGGCAGGGCAGACUGCGCUUCGCCAGGAAGCCCUUCUGCGACAUCAUUGUGCUCAUCGCCUCGGUGGCUGUGGUGUCGGCGGGCAGCCAGGGCAACAUCUUCGCCACAUCAGCAUUGCGCAGCCUGCGCUUCCUGCAGAUCCUGCGCAUGGUGCGCAUGGACCGACGGGGCGGCACCUGGAAGCUGCUGGGCUCCGUGGUCUACGCCCACAGCAAGGAGCUGGUCACCGCCUGGUAUAUCGGUUUCCUGGUUCUCAUCUUCUCCUCGUUCCUGGUGUACCUGGUGGAGAAAGAGUUCAACGUAGACUUCAACACGUAUGCCGACGCCCUCUGGUGGGGCACGAUCACCCUUACCACAAUCGGCUACGGGGACAAGACACCCAAGACUUGGACGGGCCGCCUGCUGUCCGCCUUCUUCGCCCUACUGGGAAUCUCCUUCUUCGCCCUCCCCGCGGGCAUCUUGGGCUCCGGCUUUGCCCUGAAGGUUCAGGAGCAGCACAGGCAGAAGCACUUCGAGAAGCGGCGGAACCCAGCAGCCAGCCUCAUCCAGGCCGCGUGGCGGUAUUACUCCACUGACGAUAGCCGGCUCUACCUGAGGGCCACCUGGCGUCACUAUGAAACUGUCCUCCCCAGGCAUGUAUCCAAGCUGAGCUUCAAGGAGCGUGUGCGCCUGGCCAGCCCACGGGGGCAGAGCAUCAAGGGCCGCCAUACGUCCAGCGGGGACCGGCGCUCCCCCAGCACGGACGUCGGCGCCGAGGGCAGCAGCCCAGCCAAGGUGCAGAAGAGCUGGAGCUUCAACGAUCGCACCCGCUUCCGGCCCUCCCUGCGGCUCAAGAGCCAAUCGCCUGAUGCCAGCAUGGGCCCGGACGACGGCUUCGACGACAAGGGCUGCCACUGCGAGAUCUCUGUGGAUGACCUAACGCCGGCGCUCAAGUCAGUGAUCAGGGCGGUGAGGAUAAUGAAGUUCCACGUGGCGAAGAAGAAGUUCAAGGAGACUCUGCGUCCGUAUGAUGUGAAGGAUGUGAUCGAGCAGUACUCUGCUGGCCACCUGGACAUGCUGUGCAGAAUCAAGAGCCUGCAGACCCGGGUGGACCAGAUCCUGGGCAAGGGGCAGAUCCCUGUGGACAGGAAGAGGGAGAAGCUGCUGUCGGAGAGCGAGGCCCUGGACGACGUGAGCAUGCUGGGACGAGUGUGCAAGGUGGAGCGGCAGGUCCAGUCCAUCGAAUCGAAGCUGGACUCCCUCCUGGAUGUCUACAGGCAGGUGCUGCGUAAGGGCUCAUCCUCAGCGCUGACACUCUCCUCCCUGCCGCUCUUCGAGCUGGAGCAGACGUCCGACUACCAGAGCUCGGUCCUCACCAAAGACGCGUCCAACUCCACCCAGGCCAGCAGCCUCUCCACCAGCUCCAACUUGCCCCGUGACCUGCACCUCAUCCUGGCCCCCAACGAGCUGAGCCUCAACCUCCACAGUGCCCCCGUCUCAUUCAGCCCCUCGGCGAUGCCCCCAGGCUCCGAGGGCCCUGCCCCACCCAUCUUGACACCUAAUAACCUCUCGGGGGCCUCGUUCCCUAGCCUGGUCCGGCCCCCACCUCCGCCCUCUGCACCGACGACGCUCCAGCUGCCCGCUACCCUUGCGCCCCAUCGCGUGGUCACUGAUGCCCCCGACGGUGCCCAGCCCUGCCCAAGGGCGGCCCCCUUGGGGGUGCAGCUUAGGAGCAAAUCUGGCGCCAAAGAGGAGGUCUCCUGGCGGAGGCACAUGAGCCUGGAGAUAGACCCCCUGACACCGGCCAGCCACACCCUGGGCAAGUCCCUGUCAGCACAAGACCUGAUGCAGCGGGGACCAGCUGAAUGCCCUCCCCACCUUUCCCACACCAGCAGCAGCAGCAACAAUUCCAGUGCCAGCUGCCGGGCGGGCCGCUGGGAGGAGGCUCAGCUCUUCGUCGGCGACAGGGACCUGGACACGCCAGCAGGGGGCACCUUCGAGUUCUUGUCAGAGCGGACUUCAGAUGCCGCCGGUACCUCAGAGCUGUUGAGGACAGGAGCCAGCGAUUCGUCCCACAGCGUGUUUGGUGGCCCAGCUGCCGAAGGCAGCUCCGAGUCACUUAGCAUGCCCCACGUAAGGCUAAAAUAACACGCCCCCCCCUCGCCCCCGUCACAUGCUGCGCGCCACGGGCUUGGAGGCCACGCCUCUCUCUGGUGAGAAACAGACUGGGGGCAGAGUCACAGAAUGGGCAGGCUGACAUUCCUGUCAGCGCCCGCUUUUUAAAUUUGUUAAUCACCGACGCGUACUGCUCGUCCACCUGUGGACCUUCUCCCACAUAUCACUGCAUGGACUAUCCUAUAAAACAGUGGUUACCAGUCCAGUCCUCAGGGGCCCCCAGACACUCCUUGUUUUUCUUACCAGGAGCGAGGGAGCAGAAAUGUGUGCUGUCUGGUUGGAAGCUGGGCGGGAGUAAAAGGUGGACCGACUGUGGGUGCCCGGGAACUGGAUUGGGAAGCACUGGUUUAAAAAAAAAUAUAUAAAAAAAUAAAAGCAGGGAAAGUGGGGGGUGGGGGGUGAUGGGUAAGCGUGAAUGAACGAGAUGAGGAAAGGCCACGGCAUGAGCGAACGAAAGUCCUGCAUGUGCGCUGCAUGUCCAAAGCGAAUCCACACAGUGGCGUUUACAUAAAGGCUCAGUCAAGUAUAGAGGGUGCAGCGGACCUCGGACCCCACCCCCUCCCCCCAAGGGGAGUGUCUGUGGCAUUAAGGGGUGACAGUAUGGUGAAGUACCAUGUCAGAGGAGGUGGGGGGUGCCUGGGUUGGGGGGGGUGACAAUGCUUGUGGGUAACUCGCGUGUUUACAUAUAUGACCACCUUACAGUAUAUGCAGGUCUGGUUUUACCCCAGAUACAGGUCAUAGCUCUAAAUGAUUCGGCUUCCUAUUACCUGACAUCAGAGCCUUGAUUUGAUCAGCAGAAUGUGGCACCUUUACUGUCAGGUGCACUUAGACCCGGCAGUUUGGCUUCAACAGGAAGUCAAGCCAGACCGAAUACAUUCUUCACAUUACCAGCUGCAAACUAAAACGCUCCAGACCGAAACAAAUCUCUACUUGACAGAUUCUUAUUUUUUAUUUGUUUCUACUUAAUAUUUUUGGAUGUCACGAUAGCUUUUCUUUAACAGAUCUAACAUGCUGUAGAAUGUAUAUAUCAACAUGUUAAUAUGUAUAUGACACUUUUUUUUUUUUAGCUCUAGUUGAGAUUUUACAGAAGAAUAAUCAGCUCUUAUUCUAUCGAAUAAUCAGCUCUUAUUCUAUCGAGAGCAGUGGGCGGUACGAGUUGCGUGAGCACAAAUGUCCGAGAGGUGGCUCGCCUUUUCACGACGUCUACAGAAAUCCGAAAAGGAAGAGUCCAGUGCCGCGUCCGAUGUGCGCACUGCAGUCUGCUGGUUUAGCCCAUGUACAAAGUAUCUGUUCCUUUAAUGUCUUAAUCCAUAAUUUUGCUAAAAUGUUUUAUGGUGCAUUUCUCACGUAUGAAAAUGAUUACAUGUCUGUCCUCCUCCUGACAAUUGAAUAGGAAAAAAAGCACAGACUAUCUCCCAAACGUCAGUUGUUAUUUUAUUAUUUUUGCAAAAAAAAGUCUGAUACAUCAGUUAAUGAUAUAAGAACUUAUGUGACCGCCGCCCACUCUUCCAUCCAUCCAUCCAUCCAUCCAUCCAUUUUCCAAACCGCUUAUCCUACUGGGUUGCAGGGGGUCUGGAGCCUAUCCUGGAAGCAAUGGGCACGAGGCAGGGAACAACCCAGGAUGGGGGGCCAGCCCAUCAGAGGGCACACUCACACACCAAUCACUCACACAUGCACUCCUACGGGCAAUUUAGUAACUCCAAUUAGCCUCAGCAUGUUUUUUGGACUGUGGGAGGAAACCGGAGUACCCGGAGGAAACCCCACGACGACAUGGGGAGAACAUGCAAACUCCACAGGCAUGUAACCCAGGCGGAGACUCGAACCCGGGUCCCAGAGGUGUGAGGCAACAGUGCUAACCACUGCACCACCAUGCCACCCCGCCCCCCCCUUCCCUCCGGGGUAAUUUAUUCCACAGAGAAGGCCUUAAAAUUGCACGCUUUUAAAUAUUCUGUAUCCAACCUUAUUUAUUUCAAGGAGCUAUGUGCGCAUACAAGGUAUGUAAAGCCUGAAAUGUACAUGAAAUUGCAAAAUUGACUUUUAUUCAUAUUUCAAUAAACCAAGGACAUCAAAAGGUA